AUGACGCUCGUUCACAUCGUCCUCUUUCAAUUCCGCUCCGAUGUCAGCGAGGAGCACAAGCAGACCUUUGUUACCGAGUUGAAGAAAUUAAAACAUCUAUCCUGCGUCAAAGCUGGACGCCUACUUGUUGGAGGCCCCAGCGUCACCGACCCCAUUGAACGCAGCAAGGGUUUCCAGAUCGCUCUGGUGAGCUACCACGAGAACCGGGAAGCGCUGGCGGAAUACCAGGCGAGCGAUGAGCACCACCGGGUAACCUCUACGUACCUGUUUCCUUACAAAGAGGAUUUGGUCCGGUUUGAUUUUGAAGUUGACGAAGAAGAUGAAUAUAUAUGCCAGUUUCCUUUAUCUAGCCUAGGAAUAUAA